AUGAAGGGUUCCAUGAAGGCGGAGGCGAAGGACGACGACAGGUACUGGGUGGAUGUCCACCGAGAGCCGAACGCAGUAACAACGGCGGCGGACCUGGAAAGCGGGGGCGACGGUGGCCGGCCGCUCAUGUUCCGAGAAAAGAAGGUCAAGCCAGCCCUCCUGUACCUCUACAGGUCACUAAUCCUGACACGCCUCAUCGCCGUCAUCUUAUUCAUCGGAUGGCGCAUCAAGCACAAUAACUCUGACGUCAUGUCCCCCGACCUGGAUGCUCUACGGCAGUACUGCGACCUCCCUGAUGGCGGCUCCAUCCUCCCGGCCAUCGACGUCUUCGUCACCACCGCUGACCCCAUCGAUGAACCGGUGUUGUACACUAUGAAUUAUGUCCUCUCCAUCCUCGCCGUUGACUACCCCAUUGAUAGGUACGCGCGCUACCUAUCUGAUGAUAGUGGCACAUUGAUCGAAUAUGAUGCUUUGGUUGAGACGGCAAACUUUGCCGCUUUGUGGGCGCCCUUCUGCCGGAAGCACUCCAUUGAGCCGAGAGCUCCAGAAAGCUAUUUCCAGCGGGAGGGGAUGAUCUACACCGGCAAAUCACCGAGUGAGUUCAUUAACGACUAUAGGCAUGUGCAACUGGAGUAUCAACAGUAUAAGGCAAGGUUGGAAAUGCUCACUAGCACUAUUAGAGAGAGAUCGGACUUCUACAACAGUAUCAAAACAACAGAAGGGGCUGUAAAGGCGACUUGGAUGGCGAAUGGGACACAGUGGCCAGGAACAUGGUUUGAGCCAAUAGACAACCAUAGGAAAGGACAUCAUGAAGGAGUUGUUCAGGUUGUGCUGGAGCAUCCAAAUGGUAGUAAGGCGCAACAUGACAGUAAUGUGAACCCACUCAAUUUUGAUGGCAUUGAUGCACGUCUGCCAAUGCUUGUCUACAUGGCUCGUGGAAAGAGCCCAUGUUAUGACCACAAUAAGAAGGCGGGUAACUUGAAUGCCCAACUACGGGUCUCUGCUCUACUCUCUAAUGCACCCUUUGUCAUCAAUUUCGACUGCGACCACUACAUCAAUGAUUCUCGGGCUUUGCAAGCUGCUAUGUGCUUCAUGCUAGACUCAAGGGAAGGAGAUAACACAGCCUUCGUUCAGUUCCCCCAACGUUUUGAAAACGUUGACCCAACAGACAGAUAUGGCAACCACAAUAGGGUUUUCUUUGAUGGAGCUAUGUAUGCCCUAAAUGGUAUCCAAGGACCUUCUUAUCUCGGCACCGGUUGCAUGUUUCACCGCCUUGCGCUCUAUGGUAUUGACCCACCACGCUGGAGACCUAAUGACAUUCCGGUUGAUAGUAGCAAGUUUGGUAACUCCAUACCCUUCUUGAACACAGUGUUAGAAUCCUUAAAACAAGAAAGCCGCAUCUCACCGCUAAACUUAGAUGACUCAUUUAUUGCUAAGAUGAUGUUGGUCGUAUCAUCUUCCUUUGAUAUAGGGACAGACUGGGGGAGGGGUGUUGGGUACAUAUUUGAGAUGGCAACUGAGGACAUGGUGACUGGCUUUCACAUCCACAAGCAAGGGUGGCACUCCAUGUAUUGCACCAUGGAUGUGGAUACGUUCCGUGGCACUGCACCAAUCAACCUAACUGAGCGUCUCUACCAAAUUGUUCGAUGGGCUGGUGGUUCUGUAGAGAUGUUCUUCUCCCAUAACAACCCAUUAUUAGCUGGAUGGCGGCUCCACCCAAUGCAACGGACUGUAUACCUCAAUUACAAUAUCUACCCUGUCACAUCACUUUUUCUCCUACUCUAUGCAUUAUGCCCAAUGAUGUGGCUUCUCCCCGAGGAAAUACUCAUCCAGAGGCCAUUUACUACAUAUGUUGUAUUCCUCAUCAUUAUCAUUGCAUUAAUUCAUACCAUAGGCAUCAUGGAGAUAAAGUGGGUGGGUACCAAAUGGCUAGAUUGGUGGCGCAAUGAACAGUUCUUCAUGAUUGCCUCAUUGAGCGCAUACCCAACGACGUUGUUGCACAUUGUUGUGAAGCUCCUCACAAGGGGUAAGGGAAUCCGCUUUAGGGUCACCUCGAAGCAAACAAAGGUAGAUGACAAUGAAGACAAGUAUGCUGAGAUGUACGAGAUGCGCUGGGUGCCUAUGUUGAUCCCAGCUAUGGUGGUUCUGUUCUCUAACACCAUGGCUAUUGGCGUGGCCAUAGGAAAAGCAAUCGUGUAUGGUAGGGUAUGGCCGACGACACAACGUUUGCAUGCGAUGCUAGGCCUGUUGUUUAAUGUGUGGCUCAUGAUUCUCCUCCAACCAUUUGCUUUGGCGGUCAUAGGACGUUGGAGCAAGAAGCCUAGCAUCCUUUUCAUCUUGUUUCCAGUGGCAUUUGUGGUCUUUGCAUGGGUGUACAUUUGUGUUCAUGUUUUUGUUGUCAAUUUCUUUUCAUCCAUGGAGAUAUAG